AUGGAGACAGUACAACGACAAGCAGCCCUCAUGAUCACUAGAGGACUGAAAAGCACUCCAACUCCCAACCUAGAAAUUAUGGCUAGUCUCCAGCCUAUCAGUUUUAAACUUAAAUCCUUAGCAAUCAAAUCUGCCUUGAGGCUUAAAUUACAAGGAACCUGGAAUAAACAGUACAACUACAACCAGAUAGGACUUUGUAAAUCUCACGCCCACAACGCGGAGAAAAUGCUAGCUAACAUUAAUUACACAGGGUGCGUAUUACUUGACAGCAUUCCCAAGGUUAUCAUGCUGGACAGACGCUUCAAGGUAAUUAUCCAGGACAGGAAAACUGCGAUUAGCUACAUCGAAGAAAUCUCACCUAACAUCUGGCAGAUCUUCACAGAUGGAUCGAAAGCAAGCGGUAAUACAGGUGCGGGAUUCUGUGUCAUCAAAGGAACACAGGAAUUCCACAGAGUCAGUUAUCAACUUGGUAAACUAGCAACAGUUUACCAAUGCGAGCUAUUUGCUCUCCACAUGGCUAGUAUUUGGAUCAAAGAAAAUAUAGGUACACCAUCAAUCAUAAAUCUCUUCUCAGAUUCCCAGGCCUCACUCCUAGCGUUAACCAGCACCAGCAUCAGCUCCAGACUAGUGCUGGACAUUGCUGACCAACUUAACACAUUAGGUACAUCCCACAAAGUAGAACUCAGGUGGGUUCCUGGACAUGAAGGAGUACACGGUAAUGAACUAGCUGACGAACUAGCAAGGGAGGGAUCCAGCAGCACCCCCAUUGGACCUGAACCCUUCCUCCCACUCUCGGAAGGCAUAAUCAACACCCACAUAAAAGAUUACCUCUUCAAUCUCCAUAUCAAGAAGUAUAAACAGGUGGCACUCAGUGACAAAGGAAAAACCCCACUAACAUUUUUCCUCAACAAAAACAGGUACAAGAUAAUCAACAUCACAGGUACUCACAUCAGAUGGCUAACAUGGCUACUAUCAGGACACAGCCCACUAGCAUACUUCCAGACGGUAGCAAACAACGCCAAAUUCGAAACACAAGACUGUGAACACUGCCCAGGGGAAGCAGAAACAUCACAACACUUCCUAUGUGAAUGCAUCCAGCUGAUGACAACUAGACUGAGGAUAUUUGGUAAACCCAUCCUAACAAUUGAGGAACUCAUCAAUAGUAAACUCGACCACAUUAUCAAAUUUGUGGAAAAGUCAUCAAGGUUUGACAGAGACGAUCUAUUUGGAUAA